AUGUGCACAGACAAGUCAGAAACAGAUAUGACUGUGAAUAGGCAACAUGCCGAAGAUAAAGAUGAGGACCAGACCGGAAGCGGACACUCAUGUUGCUGCUUAAAAGGAGCCGUUGGGACGAUCCUGUCAUGCACUGCUAUCUUCUUCAGUUUUUCCUUGGUGGAUCAAUGGAUUACUACAAAGGACGAGGCCCUCGGUUACACAGCCGAUUGGGGCGAGAGCGGACAACGCGAGGUUCGACGUGUGUACACUGGUGUCAGUUCCAUCGCAACAAUAUUCGCGGCCCUGAUUUCGCUGAAGGUGGGUUACCGAAUAGUGGCAAUAAGUGGCUGCUUAAUGAUGAUGUGUGGCAUGUUCGUGGCAUCUUGGCUCGACAAAGCCGCCAUAGGCCUGAUCGGAGUACUCAUCGGUGGCAUCGCAGGUGUUGGAGCCUCUUGUUUGAAACUUGUAGCAGUCGUUCCUGUUCUUGAGAACAUAGACAACUGCAGGUUCAUAGCUGUUGGUGUUGUUAACAUUGGGGGUGCAUGUGCAUCUGUCAUUCAUUAUGGAAUAAUGUCUAUAGAUGAUGUCAAUCUAAACUGGAGACUGCUUUAUCGAUGGCAGAUAGUGAUCAUGAUUUUCGCUUUGUUUGUCUCUCUCAGACUGGGAUCUACAAAUGAAAAGUGGAUCAAGACAUAUUAUUCUCCAUUUGAUUGGAGCAUAUUACAUCAGAAGUCGUUGUAUAUUCUGAUGACGGUCCUCCUAUUAGACCGUUUUGGUCAGUUCAUUUUAUCAAAAGAGAUCUUUACUUUUUUCGAUACGAGCGACAGCUCGUCAGCUCCCUACCUGGGUGGCUUUUUCUACUAUGGAGGUCAGAUCCUCGGACCAGUAUUUAUGUUUUGCUGCAUAAAGAAAGAGAUAGUGUCCACCUUGUGUUUUAUGGGACCGAUUGCAUUCAUCUCUGGAAUUUGGACAAUAGGCGCAACGUGGUCGACAAAUCUACUUCAUAUUUCCAUUUAUGCUGCUAUUUUGGGUAUCUCGAAAGUGGCGUUCACUACUCUUCUCCAAAACCUGAUUCCAACUGUGUACGGGAAGAAGAACGUACGGAUUGUUAAAGGCCUUUUAGAAUUCAGUGCUGGUGUUGGUAUUCUGCUGUCAUCGCCAUGUCAGUAUGCUGUGGGAAUGAGUUAUGAUGAAGUGGAGCGGUACAAGCCAGCGUUUUACUUAGCCGGAUGUGCCCUGGUGUUAGCAUCCGGUUUUGUUUUCUUGUGCGUCCAAGUUGUUAGAGAGACAGAAGACUACGCGAAAGUAUCUGUCGUCAACGAAAUUGCAAUGGAAGAAACAUGA